AUGGGACCACUGAGGAAUGUGCAGGGAAGAACACGCCUGCGCCGAGAAACAAAGAAACCUGCCAGCGAGUUUGACGAUUCGGAGCGCGAAGACCUUGCCGAUUUUCAAGGCGUUGAACCCCCCUCGAAGCGAAUACGAACCUCGCGCAAAGCCCAACAACCGUCCAAAUGGAUUCCAGGAGGUCGUGGAGGAGGAGGACGACAUGUUGAUAAUGAACGCACUCCUUCGGGCACAAGGACACCCCGCGCGGGCGAUGAAUAUGUACAUCCUCGGACGCGCCCUCGUGCAAGCCGCGAUCGACGAAGAACGAUGACAACAGCGCCCCGAUAUUCGGCCAGGAGUCGAAACCGUGGUUCCGCGCGUCCUCGGUACAGCACCGCCGCUGCAGCUUCUGCCGCCGUGGCACACGGGGAUGGGUACAAGCCAAGAGAGGAGCGAGGCUGGGAAGAGUUUCAUCCGGACCUGGACCUCGAGGCAGACUUUGCGGUCAUACCGUCAGAGGAGGUUGAUGGGAUUGUGAAGAAACCUACAAACAAUGAGGGUCAGGAAGAUGCCAGUCCGUCUGUGGAUGGAGUCCCUGCUAUUUUGGGAAGCACGCCCCCUCCUAAGAGAAAGCCUGGGAGACCUCACCGCACGCAAAAUUCCAUGAUCCACGCACUACUCACACCAGAAGCUCCCAAACUGGUUCCGAUGCCUGGUCCCAAUCCCCGGGAAAGGUUGACCUUGCCCAAGCCUUCAUACCGCAUACUGGACCCGUUUCUAUCCUACGAGCAAAAGGACUUCGCACAAGUGGAUUUUGUGGACAAAUCCAUGGCACAUGUGGGAUAUCAAGAGAGUGAGAUAUUUGUGCGUCCGGCUCGUAACUACAUUAGGCAAACAGAAGGCUCCGCCGAGGAAGAUCUCGACUUGAGCCCCGACCUUAUCACCAACGGAGAGAACUCGGCCAUCGGCAGUAACGGUGUCGGUCGUGUCGAGUAUGACAUGGAUGAACAGGACGUCAAGUGGCUGGAGGCGCUCAACAGAGGACGCAGCAAAGAUGGAGUUCAGACCAUCAAGCCUGCAAUAUUCGAAAUAACAAUGACCAAGAUUGAAAAGGAAUGGCACGCACUGGAGAAGAGAAUCCCGAAGCCGAAUCCUAAAGCGCCUCAAACGCAGCGGCCGCGGUCAAGCUCUGCCGCAGCCGUCAACGGCGAACCAGCUGGGGAGGAGCCCGACAGCAAAUGUGCGAUAUGUGACGACGGUGAUUGCGAGAACGCCAACGCCAUCGUCUUUUGCGACGGCUGUGACCUGGCAGUACAUCAAGAGUGUUAUGGUGUGCCGUACAUCCCUGAAGGUCAAUGGUUGUGCAGAAAAUGCCAGCUGGUAGGGAAUUCCCGGCCGAGCUGCAUUUUCUGCCCCAACGAGGGAGGCGCAUUCAAACAAACCAAUAACUCAAAAUGGGCACACCUCUUCUGUGCCACCUGGAUUCCGGAAGUUACUAUUGGCAAUCCAUCUCUCAUGGAGCCUAUCACAGAUGUCGAAAAAGUGCCUCCUGGGCGGUGGAAGCUUGUGUGUUAUAUUUGCAAGCAGGAAAUGGGUGCUAGCAUCCAGUGCAGCGACGGCCGCUGCUAUGAGGCUUUUCACCUAACAUGCGCCCGUCAAGCAGGUUUAUACCUACGGAUGAAGACGGGAGGUGGUCAAAACACCCUCAUGGAUAAGUCGCAGCUUCGUGCAUACUGCCACAAACACACCCCUGCGGACUGGAAGCACGAGCACAAUACUGACAGAGCUUACGAGGAAGCGACAAAAUACUUCAGAGAGCACUUCCGAGGCCAGAUCUGGGCCGACAGUCGCUCCUCCGCUCUGGCCAUCAACGACACACAGGACACACCUAACACCGAUAAAGGUCAUCUUAAGGUGACGCUCACGAACAAGAAAGGACAGAAACAGAAAACUAUCUGGCGGUUACCGUCGGGCGCCCCUGUUAUCCCAGAAGUAAUUCUUAAAUCAAUCGAAGAUUCCCUGGUCAGGUUCACGGUGCAGAAGAAAAAAGAGUUUGUCUCGGAGAUUUGCAGGUAUUGGACUCUCAAGCGCGAGGCACGGCGAGGCGCUGCUUUGUUGAAGCGAUUACAAUUGCAAAUGGACACAUUCAGCUCUUUUGAGGUCACUCGUCGUGAUUACAAGGCCCAAGGCGCAGCGGGUCGUGCCAGACUGGACCGGCGCAUCGAAUUCGCUGAGAUGUUAGCCACGGACAUGGAGCAGAUCGUUCAACUCUGCGAUUUGAUCAAGCAACGCGAAGUAGUGCGGUUGCAGGAAGCACGCAUGUUGCAGGAUGUCGUAGACACGGUCUACUUUCCCGUUCCGCACUUGUUGGAGCCGAUUGUGGAUAAAGCGCUCAAGCUUGACCGUGGUCUUUUCCGGAACGAGCUGCUUGAGCUUCGCGCCCGAGUCCUCAGAAAAGAGCACACUUCCGUCGCGAGCUUCGCCCAGGAUGUUGUCCGGGUUAUCAAUUCACAGUUUGGCAAUGACGCAGGAACUCUCUCCGAGUUGGUCGCCCUCGUUAGUGGUAGAGCUGAGGAUAUGAGUCCUGAAGAUCGAGAUCGUCGUACGCUUGCUCGACGUAUUGUGAAGGCAAUUGAACCGCUCAUUGACGAUGCCACGCGCAAGGAGGCAGAAUUGAACGGCCGGCCAUACGCACAGCAGAUCAGAGAACUGGACGAGGCACUUCUGUCCCGGCGAGAUUCCCUGACUGAGCCAGCGGGAGUCCCCUUGCUCGAUUCUGUCGAGACCAAGCAUGAGACUGGCAUGGCAAGUCCGGACGAUGGUGAUGUCGAGAUGCUGGACUCUACUCUGUCUGGUACCGAGACGAAUGUUGACCGCGGGACAGUGGAAGGUACUAAGGGUCUCGCGGAGAAAGCAGACAUCUUCAAGGCGGAUGGACUUCGGGCAGAAGCCGGAGGGCUGUCGGCGGAUACACCGCCCGCGUCCACAAAUGGCUUCAGGCAUGACCGACUGACGAAUGGCGACAUCAUAAUGGGACAUGCUCAGCGGAUUGAGCCCCCAACACCCCCGAUGAGUCUUCAAGGCCACUCUCAAAUACCUCCGUCUCAAGGCGGGAUUCCCUGGUAUGCUGCUCCCUUUGACCCCGAUGGCACCACAAUCUUCGAGGAACGCUGGACCGGGCCAGAGGUCUUGCGAGAACUGAGCGAAGAGUUGAGUGAGAUGGAUGAGGACGAACUCCAAGGCCUGGGUGCCGGCGACGACAUGGCAGAAGGCAUCGAUGGCGCGCCCUCCGGCAUUGAGGUUGAACCCACAUCCGUGGAUUCGAUGGCCAAGAGGAAGGGCUCGAAGAGGGUUAGCAAGCGUGCGCGGGGCUCCGAAUGGGGUACAAGAUCUUUUCGGCUUCGGAGAUGA